GUGGCGAUCCUAGGUGGUGCGGAUGACGAGAUUCAAGAGGUGGCCUUCCAGUACGGCAGGAACGUGGGCAUGGCGUUCCAGCUGGUGGACGAUCUGCUGGACUUCGUGUCGUCCUCCAAUCUGAUGGGGAAGCCGGCGGCGGCGGACCUGAGACUGGGCCUAGCCACGGCGCCGGUGUUGUUCGCGUGCGAGAAGUUCCCGGAACUGAACCCGAUGAUCAUGCGUCGCUUCACGGAGCCCGGCGACGUGGAGAAGGCGUACCGCUGGGUCAUGGACUCGGAGGGUCCGCGGCAGACCCGCAUCCUGGCCGAGACCCACUGCGCUGAAGCCAUCCGGCACAUCAGCCAGCUGCAGACGUCGCCUGAGCAGCGCAGUCUGGUCCAGCUGACGGACCGCGUGCUCAAUAGGAUGAAGUAGUGCGCCGACGCCGGCCGGCUGUUGGGCGGCGCCGACGCCGGCGAACGCGGCCGGC